AUCCUCAACCUCCCGUCCUCCCCCUUCAUCUCUUAGAGCCUUUUAAAAGUAACCAACGCCAUGAAUAUCUUCCAAGACUGGCCUGAGCCUAUAGUCCGUGUCCAAUCCUUAUCUGAAAGCAACCUCGGAGCCAUACCAAAUCGCUACGUCAAGCCUCUAUCUCAGCGUCCAAACAUAACCCCUCACAACAAACACAACCCUCAGACCACCACCAUCCCCAUCAUUGACUUAGGUCGCCUAUACACGGACGACCUAACUCUACAAGCCAAAACGCUUGAUGAAAUCUCAAAGGCUUGUAGAGAAUUGGGAUUUUUCCAAGUGGUGAACCACGGGAUGAGUCCUCAGCUCAUGGACCAAGCUAAAGCAACAUGGAGAGAAUUCUUUAAUCUCCCCAUGGAACUCAAAAAUAUGCAUGCUAAUUCGCCGAAAACUUACGAGGGAUAUGGAAGCCGACUAGGCGUAGAAAAGGGUGCUAUUCUUGAUUGGAGCGACUACUAUUAUCUCCAUUACCAGCCUUCGUCUUUGAAGGAUUACACCAAGUGGCCUUCCUUGCCUCUUCAUUGCCGAGAAAUAUUGGAGGAUUAUUGCAAGGAAAUGGUGAAACUAUGCGAGAACUUGAUGAAAAUCUUAUCCAAAAACUUGGGAUUACAAGAAGACAGACUUCAAAAUGCAUUUGGUGGUAAAGAGGAAUCAGGUGGAUGUUUAAGGGUUAAUUAUUACCCAAAAUGCCCUCAACCGGAGCUGACUCUCGGUAUCUCUCCGCACUCUGAUCCCGGCGGUUUGACCAUUCUCUUGCCGGACGAACAAGUCGCCAGUCUUCAGGUCCGUGGAUCCGACGACGCUUGGAUCACAGUCGAACCAGCUCCUCAUGCUUUCAUCGUUAACAUGGGUGACCAAAUUCAGGUGACUGUUUUAUUUUCCAUAUACCAAUUACUUUUUUAUAUAUAUAAAACUUCAAAACUUUAAACUAAACUUCAGACGAAAAAGUCGGACACUUUUGUUGUUUGUUUAAACUUCUUUCAUUACCUAACCAUAAUUGAAAUCGAACUCCCAUAUAUGAUAACUCCUAGAUUGGUUUUUCAUUAUUGACUAAAAAAUAUCAAUGAUAAGCAAAAGAAAGUAAAUAUCACGUGGAGGGGACUUGAUUUUGAUCUUCUUUUUUUCAUUGAAGUUGUUAAUUUUGAUAAACCACGUGCAUGCAUCUUCUUCUUCUUCUUCUUCUUUUUUCUUGUUCAUUUUUAAUAAAGUUAAUGCGUAAUUGGAAAGAAAACAUAAAGUUGAUAGGAAACCAAUAAUGUAUCGGUGAAGCCACGUCGUGAUAUUCAUUUCCGUUCUUUAAUUCGACAUGUGCCUCUAUUAAAGGAAAAAGAAAAGGUCCAACAAAGGAACAGAAAAAAACAAUUUCAACGACUAAGACGCUCUCACAACUAUUAACAUGUUUCGAACGUGCUAAAAUCAAAUUUGCAGACUUAGUCAAACUAGACUAAUUUUCUUCUUCUUUCUUCGUUUUGAUAUUUUUGCACGUCUAUGAUUACAUUCUUUGCUUUGUUAAAUCAAACAGUUUAAUAUAAGGACUAUCAGAGUUUUUAUUAAAAGAUAAAC